AUGGGGAACGAGGCGGAUCGAUCUGGACAUACGUCAAAACCUUUUGACAUCGUCUCAACAUACCAUGAGCUUCUAAACUCGGAUCCAGACCUGACAAUGCCCAUUGCCGCAAUAGAAGCUCUAGUUCUACUACUAACGCACUCCCCCUCAUCAACGAUUUCCGAAACCCUUGACCUCUUGAAAACACACACAGAACUCCUAAAACAAGCCAUUCCAAAUCCCAUAGGCCUUUCAGCCGGCACAGAUCUUUUCCAAAGAUAUAUAAUUAGCACCCUCCAAAGACCGGGAAAACUUGGACCUGCAGGCGAUUUUAAUGCUAUAAGAGCCCAUUUGCUGUCGAAUGGCCGACUCUUUAUCAAACGAGCGAAAGAGAGCAGGGAUAAAAUAGCUACGUUUGGAAGCGGCUUUGUGCGGGACGGAACCACCAUACUAACAAAUGGUGGCUCACGAGUAGUUGGUGCCCUUCUGAAAAAAGUUGCCUCGGAGGGACACGAGUUCAGCUCCUCUCCCGUGCGGUUUCGUGUCAUAUAUGUGGUUCAUAAUAAUGGAGAUGACAGCGAUAAUUCCCAAUCCGACCGUGCCACGGAAGGCAUGGACACUGUUUUGGCACUUAGGUCAAAAGGUGUACCUGUAGCAACAAUUCCAGAGUCUGCCGUGGCUUACUCGAUGGGAAUGGUUGAUAUGGUUAUCGUUGGCGCUGAAGGCGUGGUUGAGAAUGGAGGUAUAAUAUCUCGAAUAGGAACAUAUCAGAUGGGCCUCCUUGCAAAAUCGGUGGGGAAACCGUUUUACGUUGUGGCAGAGAGCCACAAGUUUGUGAGAUUAUACCCACUAGGCCAAUACGAUCUGCCGAUCACCCAGCACGUUAUUGAUUUCAUAUCGAAUGACAGUUCAGCCACAGUUGGGCCGAAGGAGUCGAAAGAAGGCUCGAAAAGCUUACGCAAGCGUGAUGCGGUUGACUUUACUCCUCCACAUCUAAUUACCGCCUUGAUCACGGAGGGAGGCGUUCUUACACCAAGUGCCGUCAGUGAAGAACUUAUUCAAAUUUGGUUUUGA